ACCUCCAAAAAUAUAUGGUGUACCCACAAAGCGUCAAAGCCCUACGUAAAAUUAAAGGGGAAACAAAUUUUAAACCAUGAAAGCCCAAGUGAUCAUCCUCUUUAGUACGAUUCUUGUCGUCUCUACCUCCCAUGGAUUCAUCAAACUUGCCGAAGCUGCGAGACCGAUUUCCACCGGAAAUACAGCGGCCGACGAGGCCGAAGACAGGAACCGUACGAUAUACGAAGUGUCGAAGCAGCUCUGCUGGGGCUGCGACAGCGACUCGCUCCAGUUCUUGUUCCGACACAACUUGGUUCGAGCCGCCAAGUGGGAAGUCCCCCUGGGGUGGGACAAGAACCUGCAGAAGUACGCGGAGUGGUGGGCGGAGCAGAGGAGGUCGGACUGCGAGCUGAGACACUCUUUCCCAGAGGGAGGGUUCAAGCUAGGGGAGAACGUGUUCUGGGGAAGCGGUGAGACGUGGAAGCCGGCGGACGCGGUGGCGGACUGGGCGGCGGAGGAGAAGUACUACCACUACUCGUCCAACACGUGCGACGGCGGCCAGAUGUGCGGCCACUUCACCCAGAUCGUGUGGAAGUCCACUCGUAGGGUCGGAUGCGCACGCGUCGUCUGCGACGACGGCGACGUCUUCAUGACCUGUAACUACGACCCUCCCGGCAACUACGUCGGCCAGAGGCCCUAUUGAUCCAACCCAUUACCCGUUUCGAUUUCUUAGUGUUUACGUUUGUUCUUCAUCUUUUUUUUUUUCUGUUAACGUGAGAAUGAGAGAAUUUUUUUUUGAAGUCAUUAGAUAUGUUUUUAAGAGUUAUGAAGAUGAGCCGUAAUACAAAAUUAAUUAGUGGCGUAAUCUUUGUUUACUAUAUAUAAUGGACUCUUUGUUGAAAUGAUAAACA